AUGAACGCGGCCAUGGCAGCCAAGCAGCAUGCAAAGGCUGCGUGGGAAGCCGUGAAGCAACUCCAGUCCCUGAACUCGAAGUCUCGGCCCAUGUACGAGGUGGCCUCCAUGACGGGGGACCUGAUCCAGAUCAUGAAGGGUGCUCCUGGCUUGCAAGGUGCCCAGGGUACUCCCGGAACUGACGGCGCGCGGGGGAAACCAGGCCUGCCAGGGCCUCCGGCCAAGCUGGAGGAGGAGAGCCAGAACAGCUCCAACAGCUCCAGCAGCAACGAAACCAACGCGACUGCGGCUGCACCGGCACCGGCACCGGCAGCGGCAGCUGCCAAGAAGCCAAAGGGGGUCAGCUUCACCACGUACAUGGCAGUGUUUGGUGCAAACGUGGCAAUGCUUCUGGUGCUGUACAAGUCGAUUGAUGCCAUCAUCGUGACACGCGACUUGUCUGCUCGGGCCUGGAACAAGAAGAAGAAGCUCCGCGCGAAGGAAUAG